GGAGAGGCGUGGGGAGGCCUCUCAGCUCCAAAUACCCAUUUCUUCAGAGCAGCGGUAAGAGCCAGGGGCACUUACAGUCUCCACCCCCACAGCCCUUAUAGCCACAUCCUCCAAGGAAAAACCCAGACUCCUGUGAAGGCGGAGGACAGAGGAGAUGUGUGCAGAGGCUUGGCGGCCUGCAGCCCUGCUGCUGCUGGGCCUGGGGCUCGGAGCCUGGGCGCAGCUCCGCUGUGUUGGAAACACCUACCCUCAAGGUGUCCGGUGCUGUCCUGACUGCCAGCCUGGCAGCGGGAUGGUGCGGCGAUGCGACCGCACCAGAGGCACCGUGUGCCGCCCCUGUGAGCCCGGCUUCUACAACGACGUGGCCAACUAUGAGCCCUGUAAGCAGUGCACAAAGUGCAACCACGGAAGUGGAAGUGAGCUCAAGCAGAGCUGCACACCCACACAGGACACGAUCUGCCGCUGUAAGCCCGGAACCCAGCCCCGUGAGGAUGGCUACAAGCCUGGAGUGGACUGUGUCCCCUGCCCUCCUGGUCACUUCUCUCCAGGCGACAACCAGGCCUGCAAGCCCUGGACCAACUGCUCCUCAGCUGGGCAGCGGACCCUGCGGCCAGCGGACGCCAGCUCAGACUCGGUUUGUGAGGAUGAGCGCUCCCUGGCCACGCCAGCCUGGGAGACCCGGGAUCCCGGCGCCAGGCCCACAGCCAUGCCUCCCACUGAGGCCUGGCCUCAGACCUCUCAGCAGCCCUCCACACCCGCCUCAGAGGGCCCUGUGGGCCCCAUGCUGGCUGCUGCCCUGGGCCUGGGCCUGGGCCUGGUCACCCCCCUGGCUGCCUUGCUUGCCCUCCACCUGCUCCGAGCGGCCUGGAAGUGGCCUGCUGGCCUCAAGCCCUCUGGGGGAAGUAGCUUUCGGACGCCCAUUCAGGAGGAGCAGGUGGACACACACUCCACGCUGGUGAAGGUCUGAGCUGCGCUUUAGGAGUGGGGUUCAGGGACAGAGGACUCCUUUACAGACCAUCUGUCCUCCACACGUGUGCACCGUUCUAGGUGCUCAGCUGGCUCUGGCCUCUCCCGUGUAUGUGUGUAUGUACCCAUGUAUGCGUGUAUGCUGUGCAUACUGCCUGCUUGGAGCCACUCCAAUAAACACACCGGUAACUGUGA